AUAACCAGGUGAAGCCUAAAGCUUAUCAAGAUCUUUCUCUAAAAUCUGUGGCUGUUAUUACCUCUGGUGGAAUCCCCAUCAGGAAGGGGUUUUUCCCCCUAGGGGGACAGCGGUGCCAUUCAUCACUGCUGGAGGCCUGAAUCCAGGGCCGGGGGCCCAUACGUGGAGAGGGGAGGGGCCAGGGGCGGCCCCCUUGUGACCAGCCCUGAGAGGUCAGAGUGAAGACCGGCAGAGGAGCGCCUGGACAGCAGCAGCAGCUGACUUUCUAGAUCAAGCGCGCCUUGGACUCCCAGGCUUGGGAGUGAGCCGAUGGCCCACGUUCGAGAAGCGUCCCGGUCCUCCCGCUCCGUCGCCUGUUGGAGUUCGGGAGGUGGUCGUGGAGCCUGUUUGGAGCAGGCGGCGAGAAUGGAGCAGACGAUGCAGGGCACACAGGAAGCCCAGGAGAUGAAGCCGGAGCUGUGGCAGGAGCCCAAGCCUGCGUUGGAGAACUUAACAAGUAGGGGCAGUGGCAGCGACGAGAAGGUGCUCCCUUCCAGCCUGGCUGCAUGUCACACCAAGUCCAGCUCGGUUUGCCCGCGCCGCAAGCCCCGCCCUCGGUCCCAGCCCAGGUCCCGCUCCAGGGGAGGGCGUGGGCUCAAGGCCCCACCCCCGCCUCCCGCCAAACCUCCGCCUCCCCUUCCAGCGCCGCCACCUUCACCCCCGCCCCAGCUGCGGACUGUGGCCUGGCGCAAAUCCAGGGGUAGAUCCAGGCCUGCACCCAGACCCCGAUCACGGAAAAGCAGCUCUAGUGACCAAUGCUGCUCUGGGGAUCCAGAGGGCACAGAGAACAGGUUACUGGAGGUUGAGUCAGAUAAGGGUCCCACGGGCUGCACUCAUGUAGAGAGCUUUAAAGUAGCCAAAAACUGGCAGAAGAGCCUGCGGGUGAUCUAUCAGCGAUUCAUUUGGAGUGCAACCCCGGAGACUAGGAAACGUAAGGCAAAAUCGUGCAUCUGUCACGUAUGUAACACUCAUAAGAACAGACUCCACUCAUGUCUCUCAUGUGUAUUUUUCGGAUGCUUUACUGAGAAACAUAUUCAUAGUCAUGCAGAAACAAAACAACACAAUUUAGCAGUAGACCUCUGUCAUGGGGUUAUAUAUUGCUUUAUGUGUAAGGAUUAUGUUUAUGACAAAGAUAUAGAGUACAUUGCCAAAGAAACGAAGGAGAAAAUUCUGGGACUAUUAAUUUCCACUGCAAUAGAUGAUUAUCAGCAGAGCAUGUCAGUGGAGGUUGAAGAAAAUCAAUCCGCUGGUGAAUCAAAUGAGCAGGAGAAUGCUUUGGUGAAACCCAAGAAAAAGAGGAGGAAGAAAACAGUGUAUUACUCUGUUGGCCUAAGAGGUUUAAUCAAUCUUGGGAACACUUGCUUUAUGAACUGUAUUGUCCAGGCACUUACUCACAUUCCGCCACUUAAAGAGUUCUUCCUUUCUGAUAAGCACAAGUGUAUGAUGUCAAGCCCCGGCUUGUGUUUGGCCUGUGAAAUGUGUUCACUUUUUCAAGCUAUGUAUUCAGGGAACCAAACACCUCAUGUCCCUUAUAAGUUUCUGCACCUGAUAUGGAUUCAUGCAGAACAUCUAGCAGGGUACAGGCAGCAGGACGCUCAUGAGUUCCUUAUUGCAAUGUUAGAUGUGCUGCACAGACACAGCAAAGAUGAUAGCAUUGAGCAACAAGGGAACAACUCCAACUACUGUAACUGCAUCAUAGACCAAAUCUUUACAGGCGGCUUGCAGUCAGAUUUGACAUGUCAUGAGUGUCAUGGUGUCUCUACCACUAUAGACCCAUGCUGGGACAUCAGUUUGGAUUUGCCUUCCUCUUAUACCCCAAAGAGGGCUGAUAGUGCAGUGAAUAGGGAUGGCCGCAAAUCAGAAGGCCCAUCACUUACAGAUUGCCUGCAGUGGUUUACAAGGCCAGAGGACCUAGGAAGCAGUGCCAAAAUUAAAUGUGAUCAAUGCCAAAGCUACCAAGAAUCUACCAAACAGCUUACAAUGAAGACAUUACCGAUUGUGGCUUGCUUUCAUCUGAAACGAUUUGAACAUUUAGGCAAACAGAGACGUAAGAUUAAUACUUUUGUCUCAUUUCCUUUGGAGCUGGACAUGACACCAUUUCUGGCCUCUACUAAAGAAAGCAUAAUGAAAGGCCAGCCACUAGCAGAGUGUGUGCCCAGUGAGAAUAAGUAUUCUUUGUUUGCUGUGAUUAACCACCAUGGAACUUUAGAAAGUGGACACUAUACCAGCUUUGUUCGUCAAGAAAAAGACCAGUGGUACAACUGUGAUGAUGCCAGGGUCACCAAGGCUACAAUGGAGGAGUUACUGUACAGUGAAGGAUACAUACUGUUCUAUUGCAGACAAGAUACAGAAAAAAAUUAAUCUUACUCAAAAACACUAUCCAGA